CGAGCCGCAAGGAUUAUCGCCUCUCUCGCGGAAUCGCUCGAAACGCCAUAUCAGGGCUCCAGCUCCAUGACUCUCUCCGUCUACGAUACGGCUUGGGUGUCCUUGGUAGCCAAAGAAGGGGAGUGGCUCUUCCCGGAGUGCUUCCAGGUGGUGCUCAGAAGUCAAUCUCCCGGGGGCGGGUUUGGCGUGAACGAGGAGGCGCCGCUGCAGCAGCUCGACGGCAUUCUGAGCACCAUGGCUGCACUUCUGGCGCUCUGCAAACACCAGAAAAGCCCAUCCCCCUCCAUCCGAGAUGGCCCGCACCAGGAAUGUACUCCUCCCCCAUCUUCAUCGGACCUGCAAGACUGCAUCGAUCGGGCGCAGGCGUACCUCAACCAAGCCCUGCAGUGCUGGGAUGUCAGAUCAACCGUGCAGGUGGGAUUUGAAAUCCUAGUCCCCAGCUUGCUGCGCUUGCUGCAUGAGCAAGGGCUGCAUUUUGACUUUCCCGGCCGCAACGCCCUCAUGAAGUUGCAUCGGCGCAAGAUGGAGAAGAUUCAGUCCGCGUUGGACACACCCCACCCAUCACAAACCACGCUGCUGCAUUCGCUCGAGAGCUUCAUCGGAAGCGUAGAUCUGGGCAAGAUGGCGCCUUGUUUGGUAAACGGGUCGAUGAUGGGUUCGCCCUCCUCAACUGCCGCCUAUCUGAUCCACAGCCCCGACUGGGAUGAAGAGGCGGAAAGGUAUCUUCGCUUUGUCGUAGCACGCAACAACGGACGCGUGCCUUCUGCCUUUCCCAUCAGUGUCUUUGAGCUCUCCUGGGUUCUCUCUACCCUGCUGAGUUCGGGAUUUCAAGCCACUGCUUUAGGAAUGGAGAACGUAUCCACUCUAGCAAAUUACAUUGAGUCUCGACUUGCAGAGAAUGAUGGCAUCACGGGCUUCGCCCCCGGAAUGCUUGCCGAUGCGGAUGACACGGCGAAAAGCAUAUAUUCACUUCGACUUCUGGGCCGGCGCACGAACUGUGAAGCCAUGCUCCAGGCAUUUGAAGGCCCUACCCAUUUCAAGACGUACAAUCUGGAGGCUAAAGAGUCCUUCAGUGUCAACUGCAAUGUGCUGAUUGCGCUGCUUGCAUCCCAAGAUCCAUCACGACACCUCACACAGAUUUCCAAAGCUCUGAGGUUUCUCUGCAGCGCUUGGGAAAAUGGUAAAUGGAGUGACAAAUGGAAUAUCGAGGCCCAAUACGCCAUGAUGCUCUUGGCCGAUGCUCUCGCAACCCUGAUUGAGCGUUGGCAUGAUGGUACUCUAGGAAGAGAUCUGGAUCCCAACCUCUUAGCCGAUCACGUUCCGCUGGUGACCCUCCAGAUCCUUGUGCGGACGUUGAGCGCGCAGUCGACAGAUUCCGGCUCCUGGAAACAGUCACCGGAGAUCACGGCCUACGGGCUCUUGACUCUCAAAGCACUGGCCAGCUUGCCAUGGCUCCGAGCGGCUGUAGGGCCCCAAGUCAUCGAUGAGCGCAUUGACCGAGCCAUCGAAUACCUGCGAGUUCACCAGGAUCGCUGGAACAACCCGGAGGUGAUCUGGGUCGAAAAAGUAAACUAUGGCUCCAGCAUCCUCUCCGAGACCUAUUGCUUAGCUGCACUGCAGCGAAAAACUACAAAUCCGUCCCGCUGGGGAGAGCCAGUCACGAAUUUAUGCAAGGUCUCUGAGAAAAGGCUUGACCAACUCUGCCAAUUUUUGUCUCGGCUGCCAAUCUUUAAGAGCGAGCCGAGAUGGAGGCUGCAGGCUUCCAUUCUCGAAGGGGAUCUACUCGCACCAGCGUUGCGGCGAGCAGCCGUCGAACUAGCCGUCUUCCCCUUCCCUCAAGGAGAUAGGAAGGAGGGGAAAACAGCCACGUACCUGGAAUACAUCCCAUUGACGUGGACCACGUCCAAUAACGCAGCAGCAAGCUACGGUCUAUCCACCUCCACAAUGGUGGAGAUGAUGGUCCUUUCUCUGCUCAACUUCCAGGUGGACAAAUGGCUCGAAGAAACCACGGAGGAUCCGCGGCUCCGGGGCGAUUGGGCGGCCCUCAAGACCUUGGCGAAUCCCGCCGAACCUAGCAUUCCUGCUGCUGCACAGAUUAACACCCUGGUGGACGAGGAAGAGGACGAAAAGGCUACAUUCCUAGCCGAGGCCCAUCGUACCCUCAGGAGGUUCGUGCAGGGCGUGCUCCAGAACAUUUUUGUUCGGAAGGCGCCACCUGCGCUGCGCCGGCGCGUCCGGCAGGAGCUCCACAUCUUUCUCCUCGCGCAUGUCACCCAAGGCGAGAAUAACGAUUCGCAUACGACGACGACGAUGACACGAACAUACUAUGACUGGGUUCGCACCACAUCAGCGGACCACACGAGCUGCCCAUAUUCAUUCGAGUUCUUCCGCUGCCUUGUUUCUUCCAGCGUGGGCAAGGAGGAUUGCUUCGCGGGGCCCCGCGCCCAAUAUCUCGCCCAGGACGUCUGUCGCCAUCUAGCGACCAUGUGCCGGCAGUACAAUGAUUAUGGCUCCAUUGCCCGUGACCGCGAGGAGCAUAAUCUCAAUAGCGUUGAUUUUCUGGUGAUAAACAAUGACACCGAAGAAGGAGAUGAGAAAACGUUGUUGUUAGAAAUCGCCAAGUAUGAGCGCGAGUGCCUGGAGCUGGCGGUGAAGCGGUUGCAGCCUCAGGUCUCCAAAUCCGUGUGGAAGGCAUGGGAAGUCUUUCUUGUUGUGACGGAUUUAUAUGGUCAGAUCUACGUGGCACGAGACAUAAACUCAAAAUAA